AUGACGAAGGUGUAUUGCAUUCUCAAGAGUGCAUUUGGCAACAAUUCUGCAUCUCCGGUGACAAAAGGAGCAUUACGUAACCUGUGUGGUCAACUGAAUAAAGAGAAUGCAGAAGAAGAUGUAAAGAAGACUGUGGCUGUUUUCAACCGUUUGCAAGAAGAGGAUCCAGGAUUUGCCAAUGUGGUUGAUUUGGAUCACGAUGGAAAGAUCAAAACAAUGAUGUGGAGCAAUGGUAAAAGCAGGCACGAUUAUUUAUGCUUUGGAGAUGCGAUCACUUUUGACACCACGUACAAGACAAACAAGUAUAACAUGCCCUUUGGUUUAUUUGUUGGGGUAAACAACCAUUUUCAGUCUGUAAUAUUUGCUGGUGUGCUGAUGAGGGAUGAAACCAUUGAGAGUUUUGAGUGGGUUUUCACGCAGUUCGUGGCUCUAAUGGGAGGAAAAGCACCAAAGACAAUCCUAACAGAUCACUUUCGUUCUAUGGAAGUUGCACUAGCAAAUAAAUUUCCAGAUGUAACACACAGAUGGUGCAAGUGGCAUGUAUUUCAGACAAUCAAGUCAGAGUUAGGUCCGGCAUAUACCAAGGAGUUCAAGCAGGAAUUGAACAAGGUAUGCAAUCAUAUGCUGACACAUGAAGAGUUUGAAGCUGGAUGGGCCGAGCUGAUCAAGAAGCAUGGACUUAAGGAUAAUGUGUACUUGUCAAAUAGAUAUGACAACAGGCAUAUGUGGGCAAAGGCAUACUUCAGAGGAAAGUUUUGUGCUAAGCAAACAAGCACUCAAUGCAGUGAAAGUGCGAACCAUGUGCUUAAAAUUUUUGUUCCGCCAGCGGCACCGAUGCAUGUAUUUGUGGAGCAGUAUCAUAAGUUGUUGUGUGACUGGAAUGAGAAGGAGGUGUUGGAGUAA